AUGCUGCCGUUUCUUAUCACUAAAUAUUUCAUUGCUCUAACAAUAGCAUUAUUUCUAUCAAUUGUUGAAACAAAUGCACAGUGGGUCCGUUUAAAUAUAUUAGCAUCCAAUAGCCAGGGAGGUCACAGAUCCUUGAACGAUUAUACAGGAGGAGGGCUUGUUCCUCGAGGACAACUUCCGGCUCAAAAACAAGACCAAGCAACAUCGAGUCCUCUUGGUCCAUUAUCUGCUUUACUUAGUUUGCUUGGAGGCAGCUCGAUUGGUGGAAGCUUUCCAUAUCCUUAUUAUCCUUACUACAGUGGAUACGGAGCGUAUAAUCCGUAUAUGCCGUCGUAUUAUUACUAUGGUGGUUAUCCAUACUACUACUACUAUUAUUACUAUGGUUAA